AUGUCAACAAAUUCCAUCAAGAUAUUUGCAGGAAAUUCUCACCUUGAACUCGCGCAACUUGUAGCGAGUAAGAUAGGUGUUGAUCUUUCCAAAGUAGUGGUCUUAAAGUAUUCAAAUCAAGAAACAUCAGUUACUAUCGGUGAAUCCGUUCGAGAUGAAGAUGUAUUUAUUAUUCAAUCAGGAUGUGGAGAAAUAAAUGAUAAUUUAAUGGAACUCUUGAUUAUGAUUAAUGCUUGUAAAACGGCAUCAGCGAGAAGAAUUACAGCAGUAAUUCCUUGCUUCCCUUAUGCAAGACAAGAUAAAAAAGAUAAAUCAAGAGCACCAAUUACUGCUAAAUUGGUAGCAAAUAUGUUGACGGUUUCUGGUGCUAAUCACGUUAUCACAAUGGAUUUACAUGCAAGUCAAAUUCAAGGAUUUUUUAAUGUACCAGUGGAUAAUCUGUAUUGCGAACCUUCAAUGUUAAAAUAUAUUAAGACAGAAAUUCCAGAUUGGAAGAAUGCUAUGAUUGUCUCUCCAGAUGCUGGUGGUGCAAAAAGAGCAACAUCAAUUGCGGAUCGACUUAAUCUUGAUUUUGCUUUGAUUCAUAAAGAACGUAAAAAAGCCAAUGAAGUUUCACGUAUGGUAUUGGUUGGAGAUGUUAAUGGAAAAGUAGCCAUUCUCGUUGAUGAUAUGGCAGAUACUUGUGGAACUUUAAUAACGGCAGCUAAAACACUUAAAGAUAAAGGAGCAAUUAAAGUAUACGCUAUCGUGGCUCAUGGAAUCCUUUCUGGAAAAGCUAUUGAUGUUAUUAAUGAACCUUAUCUAGAAAGAUUAGUAGUGACAAAUACUAUACCUCACGAAGAUAAAAAAAGAGUUUGUCCUAAAAUUGAUACAAUUGAUGUUUCACCAACUUUGGCUGAAGCUAUCAGACGUACUCAUAAUGGUGAAUCAGUAUCGUUUCUAUUUUCCCACGCUCCAGAAUAA